AUGAUCACAAGCUCCAUUCGCUAUGUUUACCGCGAGUCCGGGUUGGCGUCCGUCUUCAACACGGGCGCCGACGCCUGGAUCAUCAUCCUCGCCCGCACGUGCCGCAUGUUCGCCUACGGCGCCAGCGCCCUCGUCCUGGCCCUCUUUUUCGCCGAGCUCGACGUCUCGGACGAGCGCAUCGGCCUUUUCAUGACCUUGACACUCGCCGGCGAUGUUGGUCUUUCUCUUCUCCUGACCCUCGUGGCCGACCACGUUGGCCGCCGCCGCACGCUCAUGUUCGGCUCCGUGCUCAUGAUUAUGUCCGGCACCACGUUUGCUCUGUGCGAGAACUACUGGUUACUGCUGGUGGCCGCCGUGGCGGGCGUCAUUAGCGCUACCGGUGGUGACUUUGGUCCCUUCCGUGCGGUCGAGGAGUCGAUGCUCUCUGAGCUGACCAACCCAAACACAAGGGCCGACGUGCUCGUGUGGUACGUGACCACGUCUGCGCUGGGGUCGGCUGUCGGCACGGAGGUGGCCGGCCGCGCCGUGCACUAUCUCAACAGCGACAGUGCAGCUGGGGGCUUGGGCUGGCCGCUGCGUCAGGCGUACCACGCUUGCUACUGGGCCUACGCGGCCAUGGGCAUUCUCAACCUGGUGCUGAGCUUGAUGCUGUCCACCAAGUCCGAACUGCAGCACCGGUCCAUCGAGGACGCCGAUACUGUCGUCGCUGACAAUGACUCAACCAGCGACAUCCAAUUGUCACCGAGACCUAGCAGCGGCCGCCACACGCCUCGGGCGACAGCUACGCCGGGAAGAAGCAGUAGCAGUAGCGCCACUGUAGUCGAUGAUAGCGAAGAAGGCGGUCUGUCCGGGGGCAACGCCGGCAGCAACGACCACGAAGACGACGAUAGCGAUUUUGGUGGCGAGGGAGAUCCCCUGGCUCACCCUGGGACAAAUUCAACUCCGCCCCAAUCUGCACGCGCCAAAGCCCCCGGCCGCUUCAGCCAGAUCUCCAAAAAGACGCGCUCCAUCAUGUACGGUCUCUGGUUCCUGCUCAUGGUCGACUCGCUCGCCGAUGGUAUGGCCAGCAUUGCCUUGACCUCGUACUACAUGGACAGCAAAUUCCACAUGGGCAAGGACUCGCUCGGCAACAUUCUGUCCAUCAGCUACUUGCUCGCUGCCUUUUCGUCCGUGUUUGCAGGUCCGCUCUCCCGCUACAUUGGCCUCAUCAACACCAUGGUCUUUACGCACGUGCCCUCGUCCGCUGCCGUCCUCUUGUUUCCCCUGCCGAGCAGCAUCGGCCUGACGUACGCCCUUCUCCUGCUGCGCAUCGGUCUCAACAACCUCGACCAGGCCCCCCGCGCCGCUCUCAUUGCGGCCGUUGUCCGUCCCGAAGAGCGCACUGCUGUCCUCGGUAUUACCAGUCUGCUGCGCACUCUGGCCUCCACCACAGGCCCUACGGUGACCGGCUUCCUCGCCGGCAGUGGCCGCUUCUGGAUCGCAUUUGUGGUGGCCGGCGCGCUGCGCCUCGCGUACGACUUUGGUCUUUUUGCCAUGUUUGUCAACAUCCGCCUCUACCAGUACGAGCCGACAACGCCACCCAAAGAAGCGUCGUCGAACAGAAGUACCUCUGCGUCGGCCAACGACACCCACGGUGACUACAGCAGCGUCCCGGGCCACCCGGACACGUUUGUGCUCGACGAGGAAGAGAGCAUCACGGGAGACAACAGGUGA